UAGCAGACGAAUUCUUCUGUCGUGUAAUUAAUUUCUGUUUGUUUACAACUACCGGUUUUAAGGAAGCGAGCACGUUUUAAGGAAACUCUCCAACUGUCAGUUUUUUGUUUGCUUUCAAUUAAAGCAGAAUGUUUCCAAUAAGCCGAAAUUGUCGGCUGAUUACAAAAAAGGUUUAUCGAAAUCCGAAUGGUGUGGUAUUUGAUUUUAAAUGCGUUUCGACUGUCUCCUCACUUUUUCAACCAACAUGCUUGCCUCCAAAAGAUGCCACAAUAAAAAAAGAUGAACCAACUUCAAAAAGUCAGAAGUUAUUGAAUGAAAUGGGAAUUGUACGACAAAACUCCCCUGGAUUGUUCACUUUAACUCCCCUUGGAGUGAGGUCUUUAGAAAAAUUAGUCAAGAUUGUUGAUGACGAGUUGAAAAAUGUGGGUUGUCAAAAACUUCAGCUUCCCAUUUUAACAGCUGGAAACCUUUGGAAAAUGACAGGAAGAUGGGAGUCCACUGGUUUGGAGUUGUUAACAAUAAAGGACAGGCAUGCAAGAGACUAUGUUCUCAGUCCUACCCAUGAGGAAGCCAUCACAGAUUUUGUUGCUUCCUUGCCUCAACUAACCCAUAAGCAAUUGCCGCUGAAACUCUACCAGAUUACCAGUAAAUUUAGAGAUGAAAUCAAACCGCGCUUUGGAUUGCUGCGAGGCAGAGAGUUUACGAUGAAAGAUCUAUACACUUUCGAUAAGACCGUCGAAGCAGCCCACGAAACCUACGAUCUCAUUUGUACAGCUUACAACCGUAUCUUUCAACGUCUAAAUGUUCCUUUUGUCAAAGUUGUUGGAUCCACCGGAAAUAUUGGCGGUUUGUCCUCCCAUGAAUACCAUUUCCCUUCUUCUAUUGGCGAAGAUGAUCUGAAAAUUUGCUCCACUUGCAAUUCCGGAUCUAAUGCGGAAAUAUCAACCACCGAUGUUUGUAGUAAAUGCGGGAGCCCUGUGAAACAAACUAAAGGAAUUGAGGUUGCUCACACUUUUCUGCUAGGUACCAAAUAUUCCCAAAUACUGAACGCACUUUUCAGCGCUGAAGAUGGUUCUCGCUCAGUAUGCCAAAUGGGUUGUUACGGAAUUGGAAUCAGUCGCAUCUUAGCAGCAUCUGUUGAAGUGCUUGGAACGGACAGUGAAAUUAGGUGGCCAAAACUAAUUGCUCCAUAUAGUAUUUGUGUUGUUGCACCCAAGGGAGGAAGUAAAGAAGAAUCCGCAAUUCAACUGGCCCAUUUUGUGGCUAAUCAAAUUGACCAAAUUCAGCCUUUUAUGCAAGAUGUAAUCCUCGACGACAGAAUGACCACUACUGUAGGCAAAAAAUUAAUGGAAGCUAAACGAGUCGGAUAUCCAUAUAUUAUAGUAGUAGGGAAGAAGUCCUCGCAGCCAGUGCCAUUGGUCGAAUUACAUGAUUUGAACCAAAACACUCAAAAUGUAUAUACUGUUGCAGAACUGUUUGAUUACCUGAAACAAACUGUUAAAAACUAAAACAUUUUUCUGUUCCUGUUAACAUGUACCAAAAGUUGAUAACUUAUGAGGGGGAAGAGAUAUGGAAUACUUUUAUUAUUGCAUUUCUUUCACCCCCAUUUGUUAUCAACUAACUUAAUGAUUGAUUAAACAUGCAGUAAAAUUCUA